AGGAGGUUUCAUUUCAGUUUUCUUUCGAUAUAGCAGUGGUGUAUACCAGUGCCCUACAUUCUUGUACUUUAGCUCAAAUGGAAGAAAGUUGUGUUCUCGUAUCGUUCCUUUUUAAAGGCGUGACUUAAUAUUUCAUUUGUAAUGGAAUGUGUUCCGCCUUUAUGCCGGAUUUACAUUAAUUAAAACACUUGUUAUGUAUACUAUAGUUGAGAUUGUACUAAGCGUGGGAGUGAUAAUCACUCUCAUCACCGCUUUUUCAGCAUGCGUUUGUGGAUGCAAGAAUUCCAAUCAAAAAAGUGAGUUGGUUGGCACGGCGGGUGUAGUCAAAAUCCACAUAGAUGAGGAAGUACCGUCUCCAACGCCAACCACUCCAGCUUCCGUCAAGCGAGCAUCGACACAGAACUCUCAGCGCAGUUUGCCGGAGAUCCCACACCCUGUGGGGAGGCACGACAGCGGAGACACGGCCUCCGAAAUAUACGCUACUGUUAAUUUAGAUGAAGGAAAUAAACCCGACCCGACAGCAUCCACUAGUAGAGACCAUCCCUACGAACAUGCAUACGCCAAACUGCAGAAUGAGAAUCACAAUAUCACGAUGGAUAUUACCCCAGAUCAAGAAUCCCAAAGAGAUAUACAGAUUGAAGAGCGCGAAGCGACGCAGCCUGGACCAGAAUCUGUGGUGAUAUCGGCGUCGGUGGCUAUCAGUGGUCAGCUGCCUUCAAGUCAGGAGCUGCCGUACAUCACGCCGCCCUCCCCUCGCCCUCGCCCCCUGCCCCUCGCUGACAACACCCUGCACUUCAGCGGGGACUCCACCGACUCCACGAAAGGGUACACGAGCAUAUCGGUGCGGGAGCCGCUCAGUAACAUCCGGGCGCAGAGUGUGAAGCCCUCCGCGCAGCCGCACUACGCCACCGUGUCUGAUGACUCCGACGAGAUGUACGCGGCGAUAGAGGAGGCGAGCGUGGGUGAGGGCGAGGGCUCGGACACGUACGCGCAGAUAGCGCCCGAGCCGCGCCGCCGCGACCUCGCCCCGCCCCGCACACCUCCCGCCUCAGCCCCAGCCUCCGCCCCCGCCCCCGCCCCCGCUACUGCACCGCUAUCUGAACUAGCCACCAGAAGGAGUGCUCCCCCAGAAAUUGGUUCCUCAACAUCACAAGCGACGCAUUCUAGACAAGCAUCAUCGUCGUCGUGUUCGAACUCGACCGGCGCUCUCGGCUCGCCCAAGCCGGAGAAGCGAGUUGCCAACUCUCCGCUGCCGCCGCCUCCGCUCGCCACGCACGGCACCCACGCAGCACACGGCACCCACGCAGCACACGGCACACACGUAGCACACGGCUCACACGCAGCACACGGCACGCACAACACACACGCCCCGCUGACGCAGUCGCAACGACACCACCGCAUAUCCAGUACAGGUGACCUUCACUUCAAUCACGACAAACUUCGACGAAGCCUCAACGAGAAACACCAGCGCAACAACAGCUGUGUCAGCUCCUCGGACUUCUACGGCUGCAACUACCCUGUGGAGAAGCACAGGUUCAGCUCCGGCGAUAUCGUGAGGCCCCUCGUCGCUAGGGAGCUCGACUUCGACAUCGACCACCAGCCGCCGACCGAAACCACCGACAAUCUUUACAACUCCAUCGACGGCCCCGCACCCAGCGACUACUCCUCCGCAGACGCCAACCUCAGCAUCAACUCCGACCACCGCGUCACUGAGAGCCCCUCACGUAACCUCGACGACAUGUACGCCAAGGUCAUGAAAAAAGGGAAGGCGAAACCCGACGACGCAACAAAGAAACAGAACGAAUUCUCCAGCGAACCCGAGGCCGCCGCUCUCAAGUUCCGCGGCGACGACCCGGGAUACGAGACUAUAGAUCGCAAGAAAUCCACAAACCACGGCUAUGAAACUAUAGCACACAAGGAACGCACAAACUCGCAGAGCCAGGACCCUGGCUACGAGACUGUGAAAGAUGUCAACAAAACACUUUCGACCUUCACAAACAACAAUCUGCUGAAGCUAAAUCAUUUGAAUGACAGCGGACCCAAUAGCAUUAUAAGCAGCGAUCCCGGAUACGAGCAUAUCACGAAGCCCGACAACAGCGCCUCCGAUUCUGACCCUAACUAUGAGGUGCUGAGGAACCAGCCGCCCACCCCGCCCUACGCCACCAUCGCACCCGACUACAAGGUGCAGCCCACCUACUCCACUGUCAACAAGCGAACCGGCAAGUACAACAACUGGCCGGCAAACAACAACGACGAAGGAGCGCAGGAGCCCAACUACGAGUCUAUGUCGAACGAUCCAUUUUACACGACCGGCAGUGAGUCCGACCCCAACUACGAAUCUGUACGACCGAAAGAUCCAAACUACGAAAGUGUCAACGCACAGGAUCCGAACUACGAAUCUUUGCGGUGUAAAGACCCAAAAUAUGAGUCGGUGCGUUCGAAAGACUCGAAAUAUGACUCGGUGAGGUCCAAAAAGGAUCCAAACUAUGAAAGUGUCAAGUAUUUUGAAUUAUCGCAAAAGGAACCGCCAUAUGAGAAAGUGAACAAUGAGGCUGCUAUGAAUUCAGUGGAGAGAUCGGACUCCGCUGCUGGAUAUGAGAAGAUCAACGUGCCCGCGAGCAGGGACCCCAAAAGCAGUAUUAACAGCGGUGCCGACGGCAUCGUCAGCGACUACUUCCAAGUUUAAGUCCUGGUUCAUUUAUUUCAAUGUUAUAAUUUAUGAAAAAGUAGUCAAUUUAAUUUAUGAUAUUAUUUUGUAAGAUAUCUGAAUAGUCGGUGGUCGGAGGUUUUAUAAAUUGUUGCUGUGAGAAGACCAUCCUCAAGUCAUAAACUUUUUAUACAUCAAAUUUUCAAAAACGAGAAAACUUUUGAUCCAUAAAAAGAAUUUAAUUGAAAAGUUAAAUAAUUUAUUAGCAAAACUGAAGUUUUCUGCAGAAUUGAAUCGGAAUAUUACGUGUAAGUAUUAAUCACGUAUGUUUUUUUUUGUAGUGACAUACCUUUGACUGCCCCGACUUGAGAGCUUAUUUUACAUUUAGUAAAACCCACGCCCGGCACUAAGAUUGCGUGCUUAAUUUAUUUAUUUUAUCAACUAAAAUUUCGUUAAAUAAUACCACGGAGAGGGAUAUGUUUCUUUCUCGGGUAUCUGUGAUAUAAAUAUUAAAUACAGACCUUAUUUUUAUAAGUUUAUUAUUUAGU